AAUAUAAAAUAGAGUUCAUAGAUUAAAAUUAAAAAAAUUAUAGUUGAAAAAGAAAUGUAAGUAUUUUGUUUCACGUGGCAAUAUAAGAAUGAUCAGAGUGAAAUCAGAUGAAAUAAAAUGAUUAUAAAGUGCAAAAUAUAAACAAGCCUUGUUACCAUCUAGCUAAAAGCAGGGUUUCAUAUCAAGUUAGGGAGAAGGUGGCUGUUUUGUGAUGCUAUGUGAAUCAAGUUUCGGAAAACGAAGAGAUCCAAAAAUAGAAUUGUAGUUCAUCUUGAAUGUUACCAUUAAUAGGCAUGAGCUAGCCAUGAUAAGCAGCAUGUCAGCUUGUGUUUCUAUAUAGAUGCUAACCAUUCCCUUUCAAGGAUUAGUAGUGAAGUUGCCGAAGAUGUCAACUCAUUACAAGGCUUUCCAUCAAUGCCGAGUUGAAACGGAGAAGCCCAAAGAUAAGCUUGCGUGAUCUUCAACCGUGCAGUUUGGGCAUGAACAGAUUUAACCUAGCUUUUGGGCUCUAUUGUGUAUCUGAACCAUUGGACAAAAACUAUUAAAAGCAGGCAGCACCCCAGAGGGUUUUCAUCAAAUAAUCAGGCCGUUUCGCAAAUUUUUCCCCAAUCCUAUCUGUUUCUGCAUUUGUUGAUUUGCAUGAUGAUGCCUGAUAGAUUUAGCUGGUUAGUUUGGAAUUGUUGGUUGAAUUGAAAAAUUAUAGUAUUUUGAAGAAAAGUACGUAUUCGAAAACAUUAAAGCGAUAUAAAUCAGUGUUUCUAUUCCGAUCGCCUGUUUGAGAUGUGUAGAUAUGAGAUUAUGUGGAGGGGUUAAUGUUCACAAAUUGACCUCAGGUAAUGGGACAGACACGGAGGCGAUAAGAAAACUCUGGUGGGGUACACAACAUGAGGUCUGUAUCUCACCAAUCACGCUCUCUAGAUAAGAGAGGAAUCCAGACAACAUAAUUCAAUUGGACCUUAUUUGGUUCGCUUCACAUCAAAUCUCUAUGCCAAAAGCCAACUGAUCAAACCCUAUUUCUCUUCCACAGAAGCUCCCACCAUCCCACAAAAUCUCCCCCUUGAGGAUCAGCAGCAGAAACUGAAUCGCAAAAUAUCAAAUGGCAGCAAGCGUUUCAACAAUGGCCAUGCUCAAUGCAAAAUGCCUGAGCAUCAGUUCAACCAAGAUGGUCAACCCACCAAAGCCAACCGCAAAACCCAUCUCCCUUCUCUCCAUGCAGAACCUCCCCAAAGGCCUCACCAUGUCAAAACCAGCUGACAACUCGAACCUCCCUUCUUCACUAGCGAGCACUACCAUUGCCGGAGCUAUCUUUUCAACCUUGAGCUCAUGUGAUCCUGCCUUUGCCGCACAACAGAUUGCUGAAAUAGCUGAAGGAGAUAACCGGGGGCUAGCUCUAUUGCUUCCCAUAAUCCUAGCCAUAGCUUGGGUACUCUUCAACAUCCUCCAGCCAGCACUUAAUCAGCUGAACCGAAUGAGGAGCACCAAGGGGGUGAUUGUUGGGCUAGGACUUGGGGGAUUGGCUGCAUCAGGAUUCAUGUCAACAUCAGAAGCAUCAGCCAGUGAAAUCGCCAUGAUUGCUGAUGCUGCAUCUAGUGACAACAGGAGUACCCUUCUUCUUUUUGUUGUAGCUCCAGCUCUUCUUUGGGUGGCCUACAACAUUCUGCAACCGGCUUUGAACCAACUUAACAGGAUGAGGUCUCAGUGAGAUAUGGGUUUUUUUAGGGGCAUGAUGACAUGUAAAUUACCUGUAAUUGCACCAUAUGUUAAUGAAACUCUCUUUUACUCGAAAACAAAUUUUCCUUUCCAUGAUUUGAACUGUAAGUCUGAAAAGUGAAAAACUUAAAAAGAAUGUUUCCCUUUUUUAUAAUGUUUUAAGAACUGAGAAUAUGUUAAUCAUUGUUUGUAAAUGAUCAUAAUUAUAUAUUUACAUGAGAA